CCAUGACUUUGACUAAAGUGAUUGACAUAACAAACGUACCUGCGGCAUUUUCGCCCUUAGAACUCUUUGAAAAAUCAGAACAAUAUCGAGGAAAUGUAUUAUUUUCAAUGCUUUUCAUUGGGGACAAAGACAGAAGAUUCAGUGGAGGGUGUCAAGAACCUGUUGAUGAUAAGAGAAAGCAUUCAGCUUUGAAUGGAAUCCUGGAAAUUUCAGGCCCAAUUCGAAGGCCCGCUCCCACAGUCGCUCAUAGCACAUACAUUGCACGGAGUGUGAGGGUGACCGUUCUUCCUCGGCAGUGUCCAAAUCGGUAGUGUCCAGUGACAGUCGUUAAAAAGUGUUCAAGUGAUUUUGGUCAUGUCAGCAGUACGAUUUAAAGCAAGAUAUAAAGGGUUUCGGUGGGAAGAUGAAAGUGGGUUUAUUUAUAAGCAAAAAAAAAUAUUAAAAAAUGGUUCCAUUUACAUGGUUUGCGUUAAAAAAGAGUGUCCUGGGACUUGCUCUGUUGAAUGCAAUACUGGGGAAUCUAGCGUGGGUGAAUGCUCAAUUAUUCGUAAUCAUUUGCCAGAGAAUGCCUGCAAGAGUGAGACCAACGAAUCAAGAAUUGAGGCUCUUAGGUCUUCAAUUCUUCAAAGGGCAGCAACAGAAAACACGCCGAAUUCAAUCAUCUUCCAGGAAGAAAUCAACAAAGCACCAGUAGAAAUCAGGAAUGCAUUGAAUUUCAAGCGAAUGGAGAGAUCGAUGCAAAGAUUCCAUACUAGAUCAAAUCCCGGGAGCGUUGAGGAUUUCAAUCAAUUUUAAAUUGAAAUAAAGAAAUGGUAUGCAAAAUAUGGGGAAGUAAAUAAUCAACCAUUUCUUCUGGGGAGGUAUGGAGAAGGGAGCGACGAAACCCUGAUCGCAUUGGUUUCUCCUCUGAAAAACAUUCUACAGUCGAGUGAUGAGUGGCACUUGGACGGGACUUUCAAGUGCCGGCCGAAACAGCCGAAAUUUGCUCAACUUUUUGUUGUCAUGGCCUCCGAACACGGACGAGCUUUUCCCAUAGUAUGGGCCCUCAUGAAAACUCGUACCAGCAAUGCGUACAACGUGGUUUUCAAAGCGUUGAAGGACCACAUCCCCGAUCUGUCACCAAAAUAUAUAAUAAGUGACUAUGAAAAGGCAAUACGUGCUGCAGUGAGGCAGAAUCUUCCUAAUUCUAAACACACUGGAUGUUGGUUCCAUUUCUCUCAGGCGAUAGACAGAAAUGCGCGGAGACUAGGAUUACAGCACAACGAAGAAGGCGGCUGUAAUGUCGCCAAAAGAUUGAUGGCAACUGCGCUUCUGCCGCAUGAGGUCAUUCCUCAAGCUGUUCAAGUCAUUGAGCAGCUUGUGGAUUCAACCCCUCCAGCCUACCAGACAAAAGGAGAACGUCUAUUACAAUAUUUCAAGGAUGAAUGGAUCGGAAAAGUGACACCGCACGCUUUCUCCGUGCACGGCCAGAAAAGCAGGACAAACAACUGCCAGGAGUCGAUGAAUAGAAACAUUAAUCGAACCAUCAAGACUCAAGGGAAUACUUGGGACUUUUGGGGGGGAUUAAUUGAAUUAUCGGUCAAAGAAAUAAAUUAUCAUGACCAACUGUCACGAGGAGAGGAAUGCGCGAGACCGAAGAAAAAUAAAUGGCUCCUGCAAGAUUCCAACAUUCAAAAAUUGCAGCGAAAAUUGGCGGAAGAGAGGAUAUCUUUGGCCUCUUUUCUAACGUCAGCUUCCCACCGCAUCGCAACCAUUGUAAUUCCAGUCGUGGACUGGAGUGGUGACAACGCCCAGGACGUCGAGGAUGUGGAUGCGGAGCUAAGCAGCCUUGAUGUCAUCCCAGUUGGAGCUACUGUCGCUGUAGUAGCUACUGCUGCUGUUGUAGCUACUGCUACUGAGGCGGACCCAUAUUCAAAUUAUAGAUGGGAGCCAACCCAAUUGAUCACAGAAACAUUUAUGCCAUUGGAACUGAUAGUUCGACAGAAAGUUGAACUAGAAAGGUCGGUUGGUGCGGCCCAUGUGGAAGAGAGUGAGCUGGCUGGAGAGGGCUGCACAGCCUGCGUCUUGUGCUUAGAGUACAAGGUAACUAGGCUGUGCAAUCCAUGCGGCCAUGCUAAUAUGUGCACGGCAUGCUGCAAUUCAUUUAUUGCACAAGAAUGCCACUAUUCAGUUACAAACUCUGACGGAAGCGUGGAGGUGACCGAUAUCCAGUUACCAUUAACAUGUCCAGUUUGUAGGGCGAUAAUAGGGCAAAUUAUUAGAGUAGUUAUGUAGGUAGUUAGUUAUUUUCUUGGUGUUUCUUUGUAAUAUAAGAGAUUAUUAUUAUUAUUAUUAUUCUGUGUGAUAAAAGAUUGUUUAUAAA